GCAGACUUCAAUCCCAUCAAGUCACUCUUUCAGGUCCCAAGAUUAUAAUCAUAAGCUACUAAAAGCUAAUCUAAUCUUGGACUGCCGACUUCCAGAAUUACAUCUUUCUUUUCUUGGUGCAAUAUAUUAUUGGCCUUCUACUUGCUUCGAUAUUUUAUCUGACAAAGUCUAAGUCAAAGGUUAUAUAUUAUGGGCAAUUCAAUGCGAGAAGCAAUACAACAAAACGUCAUUUACCGCCAAUACGUUUUUCUAAUUUUACUUACACUCCUUCACGGAUACUAUAAUUUUAUACGCCUUGAUGGGUGGCUUCGUGGGACCAUAGGUUUUCUUAAGGAAACUGUAACAGUCAUUGUCGUUGGCCAGUUUUACUUGGGUAAUUAUUACGCAAGUUGUGAUAAGAAACGCCAUAUUGCAGAACGAAAUGUACGACAGGCUACACAUGCAGCAAAUACUACUGGCAUUGUCUUUAUUGCACUUGGGCUAGUUUGGGGCUGCUACAUACUAACAACAAACAACCACGACAACGAAGAUGCAUUUAAUAUCAUGAAUAAUAGGUUAUACCUUAUUGUUCUUAUGACAAUGGCAUUUUUUAUUCAGCUUUGCUUUUUAAAGCCUGGUAUUAACGAGCUUGAAUUUUUUGUAUAUAUUUUAAGAUAUCCAUGGCGCUUUAUCUGGCCAGCUCAAUGGAAUGAAAUCUUUAGAGGCAAUGAGAAUAAGCAUUAGAAAAGAAAACCUCAUAUUGCUCCGGUGUCGAGGUUAACUAAGGAGAGCGAGUAUUGUCCGACGCCGCUCUCGUGGACUGCCGAGAAUAUCAACGAACCUAUCGCCAAGCUGUUACCGGACAAAGGCGCCGAGGUUUGCUCUAAUGGUCAUGAGAAUCGUAUGCCGCUCUCGUGGAGCGCUCUGAAUGGACUUGAGGUGAUUGUUGAACUGUUGAUAGACAAGGGCCUAGGUUGAUUGGAUGAGUAGUUCUAGAAAGACAAGCUUAUGGGGGGCUAGAGAGAAUGGGUAUGGUAAAGUCGAACUGCUACUCCAGGCUAUAGGAGGAGCCAGAUUGCAUGAAUUUUUGGGCAUUCAGC